AUGUCGUUACCAAUACCCUACGUGACGGAGACCACUGGUGGAGGCUGGAAAACUUCCGAUAUCUUCUCGCGCCUCCUUCAAGAGCGCAUCAUAUGCCUAAACGGUGAAGUCGACGACUUCAUGUCCGCCAACUGCGUCGCACAACUCCUGUUCCUCGAAGCGGAUAAUCCCGAGAAACCGAUAUCCAUGUACAUCAACUCGCCUGGCGGUAGCGUGAGUGCAGGCCUGGCAAUCUACGAUACGAUGAACUACAUCCGCAGUCCAGUCAGCACGAUAUGUAUGGGCAUUGCGGCGUCAAUGGGCUCGCUGUUGCUCGCUGGAGGUGCUGAGGGGCAUCGGUAUAUAUUACCGCAUGCACGCGUCAUGAUUCACCAGCCGAGUGGUGGGUAUCGAGGAAAAGCCAGUGACAUUGCAGACCACGCAAAAGAAAUAUUGAGAAUCAGAGACAAGCUGAAUAAGAUCUAUCAGUCGCACGUUACAAAGAAGAGGACGCUAGAAGAGAUUGAGAAGUACAUGGAGCGCGACUACUUUAUGGAUGCACAAGAGGCGGUGGACUUUGGGAUUGUUGAUAAGAUUCUGGAAAAGAGGGAGGCUCCAUCGAAGGAGGGAGAAAAGAAGUGA